AUGUGCACUGUUAUGAUAUUGCUGCUAGUAGUUCAUUCAAAAACUGCUAUGUUUAUCGACACCUUAUAUGCGCUUGAGGAUGGCGUAGUCAUAGAGCCGAGUAGAGCAGAGGGUCUUGCGAUUCACAGUGGUUUCAACCUGAUUGCUGUGGGAACUCGAAAACUCAUCAGUGUUCAUACUCAGUACUUCGAAGAUAAGUACAUAGGAGAACUUGUUGGUUCAAUACAGUUAUCAGAACCGAUAUCUGGAAGUGGUUUUGUUGAACUCAAAUUUAUAAGUGAAUAUCAGCUUUUUUACUGUGAUUCCAAUUCAUGCAGCUUAUGUACAGCUUUGAAUAAGGAGUGGUCUUGUGCCGCACUUCUUCUGUCUUGGAAUGGUACAGCUGUUUCCUCCAUUUUGGGCGUCUCAGUCGCGCAAAUAUUUGGAAAACUCUUCGUUCGUGUUGUGGAAAGAACGAGAGCCGCUGUUUUGACGUACUUUAUUAAUGAUUCUAGGUUGUUAACCCCCGAACAGAGUGCUCCGGAUGCACCCUAUAUCAAAGAGUUUAGCACCUCUUCUGGCUUCUCGAGAGGACUGUACGUAUACUUCCUUGGGUCUGCUUCUCAACCUUACGAACCAUUUAUUAAUGCUAAUUUGGGGAAAGAAAACCGCACCAUUACCAAAAUAACACGAGUAUGCUCUUCUGAUCUCACUUCGCAACUAGAAUCUCGAAUGGAUCUUGCCAUUGAAUGCGGAUCUGACGGUGCUAACAAAAGUGUACAUGCUUCGUUUUAUGAUUCGGAACAUGAUCAAGUUACUAUUGUCGUGGGAAGUGGACAGUAUAACUGGACAAUAUGUGUUUUCAACAUGAUAGAAAUAGAAGCGCGUUUCGACAAGGGUUGGGAUAUCUGUCAAAAAACUACGCUUCAUGAGAGUUCACCGAAUUGUGAAGCAGCUACAAACGAAAUGGAUUUGGGAGAUCAUUGUCAUAUUUUUACGAGGAGGGCAGACGCGUUCAGGAUGCAGACGUGCAGUCGUUUCGGACAAAGCAUAGAAUAUGUGUAUGAAAAUUGCAAUCUGCACCAGUUUAUCGAGAACUCAUAUCGUUACGGAUGGUUGGAAGACUUUCGCCCUGUGAAAGGGAGUAUUUUAGGACGCGUGGCUUCUGACGUUGAGAGAGUAGUGUCUGUCCUUCCUGAUUAUAAAAGCAACGCGAUUUUUCUCGGAGGAUAUAGCGGUACAUCGAUGGUGCUAUUACGGGUCCCGAAACGAUUGGAAGGUUCUUCGACGUAUUCCUUUGUACUUUGGAGAAAAAAGAGUUCUCCAAUAUCGCAUUUUCCAAUCUGUCUUAGUGAAGACGGAAAAACUCUCUUCAUACUCAAUUCGACAAAGGUUACUGCUAACCACAUAAGUUGUUCUGGUUUGUACACAACCUGUGAGGAUAUAGCAGAAGGAGGCUGGCAGGAUCCCCUUUCAUGCAUUUGGUGCCCAGACAAAAAGAAACAUGUAGUUGUUUCCUCGUACGAGAAGACUGAUUGCCGCCAUCCACUUACGAAGACAUGCCCUCCUGUCAUCGACCAUGCGAACCGCAACGAAAAUCUCUCAGAAUGGGAGGUGUUUGGUUCGAAUCUAGACAGAAUGGAUGAUGUUGAAGUGUACAUAUGUGGACAGAAAUGUUCAGUCAAUCGCAUUCUUUCGAGCAGUACCAGAUUAUUAUGUAUUCUGUCUGAUGGAUCAGUUCAAGAUGUUGCUUGUAACGUUCGGGUUGUUGGACGUUUGGGAGGUUAUGAAGAUUUUACCCUAGAAGUGAAGAAGAUCACGCACAAUGUUGCAUUGGUGACGGAUCGUUUUCGAUACACAGAAUCUCACAGCAAGUGGAAAGACGUAGUGGCGAUUCUUGCUAUUGCCAUUUUGGCAGUUUUGGGUGUUAUUAUUUAUAUAGCGAGAAGAAAGAUGAGGGGGUUGAAGGAGAACGUUACUAUGUCAGUUCUCGUCAAAACUAUCGGGGAGAAAACUGGAGAUGACUAUUCAAAUAAAUUUGGACGACAUUUGGUGGACAAGUUUUCGCCUUAUGAGCAAAUGUUUAGAGAUUUAGAUGAAAGGCUCAAAGUUGAUAUUUCUUCACUCCACAUUGAAGAAGAAAUAGGCAGAGGUCAUUUUGGAAUUGUAAGUCGUGCAACUUACUGCACUCCCAAUGGAACGACUAAAAAAGUUGCUUGCAAAGUCCUUAAACAGUCAGUUGCUGGUGUUGGAGACUUCAUCAUUGAAGGGCUAACAAUGGGUCAGUUUAAUCAUCCCAAUCUAAUGCAGUUAAUUGGAAUUGCGUUCACAGACAAAAAGUUUCCGAUAAUUGUGACAGAUUAUAUGGAAAAUGGAGACCUACGAAGCUACCUCCGCGAUGAGUCGAAGAUUCUGACGCUUCGGAGUCUUUUGCGGUUUGCAUGCCAGAUUGCUGAAGGAAUGGAACACUUACACAUGUGUAAGUCUGUUCACUGUGAUCUAGCUGCACGCAACUGCAUCCCAGAUGACGCAAUAUUGCUGUCAGAGGAUCAUUCUGAUAGUAGCAGAGAGGCGAUCGAAGAAGAGUUCAUACGUCGAACUGUGAAACGAAGUCAAAUGAAACUUCAUAGAAGGAUCCUGGAGAAGUUUCCGUAUAAUAUUGUGAAAAAUGUUCUCAUAUCCAUCCAAGAAAUGGAAGAUGUGGAGGUAGAGAACGUUAUGGAGCAGCUCGAAAAAGAGAUCAACGCUAAAAGAUUUAACCAUUUACCAUUCGGCGUUACUGCAUCUCCUAGCAUAUUGAAUAUGGCAAUUUUUGCUUACUUAAAUGCAAAGAAUAUCCCACUUUCACAUGAAAAAGCAAGAAACAUCGACAUAGUAAAUGAAGGAAUCCAUGAGAAAGACAAAUCACCUUCUGGUGAUAUCAAAUUCUUAGGUGUUAAAUAUAACACAGAAUCUGAUCAGUUUGACGUGAAAGUAAAUAUUCCGUCGAAAACAUUACUUACUAAGCGAGAUGUGCACACCUCCAAAGCCCAUAACCUGAAAGGUCAACUGCCUGAAGGGAGCAUGGAAUCUUUGGCAACAACCAUUCGUUUCGUCACGCUGAACUGCCGAACACUAUCGAGUGAACUCAAAGGAGCCGCUCUAUCCAGACUUCUGCGACAUCUCUGUGUGCCUUUUGCUGCACUGCAGGAAACACGCAUGACAGAUCGGCCCGUCAUCAGCAUUGAAAAUUACACCAUAUACCGUGGCGAUGCUGAUGAGAACAAAGUAGGUGGCUGCGCGAUAGCUGUGAGGAACGAUUACAAGAACCUGGUGGAGUAA